CAACGCUCGUUCAUGCGAGCGUGUCAUCAAUGAUCAGUUUUAAAUGGACCUGCUUUUAGAGACAAACUUCUGUUACACAGAAAUUUACAUCCUUUUGAAUUAUUUUGACCUGAACAGAGUUUGUUUAGAAUUAGACGGUAACGAAUUCUUCAAGUGGAUCAUGGAUUUCAGAUCCGGAAAACUUCCAAAUUCAAGAUGAAGAAUGUCGAAUGUAAAAUAUCCCCGCAGUUUCUUUCCUUGUUACGUUUGUGAACGACUCUACACUCUGCAUUCUCUGAAAUUUCACACACCUCGAUGUCUGGCUCGCUGGCGAGCUGAAAACGAAAAGAAACCUCUGUAUGAAAGAGAAACAACUCCCGUCGACUAUACAGAGUGGCCAACAACGGAGGAGGGGCAACAAGAAUUUACAUCGUGGCAAAAUCAAUAUGAAUCUGAAGAGGACGACAGACCACCUGAACUACGACCAGGAACUAGAACUCUCUUGAAUCCAACACCCAACAUCGUACAUCCUGUGAUAUCUCCUCUUAAGAAAGAAAAAAAACAACCUGCAACAAUACAAGAGCAACCCAAAUCAAAGUUAAAUAAUCAGCUUCUUUUACGAGCAAGAAAUAACGCAGAAGAGAACGAAACGAUCAAUAAACGCCUCGGCAACCGGACCAAAGUUUCUUCGUCGUGCUGUGGGCUGACCAUCCCAAACGGACUGUCCAGUAAGCUCUCUCCGCGGAACAAGAUACGCAGUUCACGGAGGGAACUGCCGCGCUCGAGACCUACUAGAAUAGAAAGGAAGCCUGCCAGAGAUUCGUUUCCAAUGACUGAUGAUCUACUGACACAGCAGCGAUCGGGUCGCCUGCCCAUCCGAGUGUAUAAACCUGCGCCUCGACUGACCGAUCGCAAUAAUAACAACCGAGCAUUUGACCGAAAGAUGACUAUAGGAGAGACAUCCCGUGAAGUAUCGGAUAAAGGAGGGACGCAAAGAGGCACAGAAUAUCAAACUUGUAAGAUGUGCGGAAAGCAGGUAGAGCUGACUAGAUUUAAAGCUCACGAGACGAAUUGCUUGAAGGUGAGUUACCUUCCUCUUAUCGUAAAAUUUAACGAGAAAAUGGACAGUAACUUAAAAUUAGAUUGAAAUUACAGUCAGUUCCUCAUUAACCGGAU